UGUGUUCUUCUUGGAAAAGAAGCCCGACAAUAUCUGCGGGAUGUCUUAAGAGAGUUUGAGUGUACACCGCAAAAUGGAAGGUUUGAUCAAAUUGUUGAAGGGCCACACGCUAUGUCAAAAUUAAUACCAAAAUUAUUUAUCUGGUGUCCAAUAAGACAUUACGGUUUGACUAUUUUGUGUCCUAUUCAUGGCUGUCCUCUGAAAGUCGGACAGUGGACCGAUCUUCCUGACUCCUCCAACACAAGUCCAAGAAACCCAAGAUUGAUUUACGACUUGAACGGAAAUGUUAUUCUGGUGCAGGCGUUCUAUGAAUGCAGUGAAAGUUUGCCAGAAAACGUGAUGAUUGGACAUCGGUAUUUGUCCGCAUCAAACGAUGUGUUAGGCGCUCUCCCUGAAAGUGUUGUUAAGGGAUUUCCUCUUAUAAUGCAGCAGAGAAGCGGUUUUACGCUGCGUCUUUAUGAUUAUUUAAUAACUGGUAUUUAUCAAGGGCAAAACUUCAUGGAAUUAUCUGAAGGCAUUGCAUCAAUGAAUUACAGACAGUGCAUGCGUAAUAAACCGGACAGCAAAGAGUUAUCUGUAAAGGAGUUUGAGAGUAUUCCUUUCAUUGCCUAUCCAAGCAACGAUAAACUAAUGGAUUUGUUUCUCAUGCAGUUUGAGCGGAACAAAAAACGUUAUGAGAAUAACAUGCAGAAACACACAGGGGAGAUUCUGUCCUGUGACCACACCUUUAGAACGAGUAAACAUAUCGGGGUAACCUCCGAGGACGGCAAGUUUGUAGGCCAGUUUAAAAACGUCUUCUUGGGGGUGAACGAAAACGGAGAAGUUAUGAUAUGGAAGUUUACGAAGACGACUUCUUCGUCCGAAAUUAUCGACUCACUUAAAGAACUGAAAGAGAGGCUUGAUAAGGCAAACACUAACUUAAAAAUGAUAAUAGUGGAUGACUGUUGCCACGUGAUGCACCUAUAUGGACAAAUAUUCCCGGGGAUAAAGGUUCGGCUAGACUUAUUUCACGCGUGUAUGAGAGUUGUACAAACGGUACCCAAAAGCGAAGAUUACAGUAGACAAUUUGCUAAUAAAUUUUCUUUAAUUUUCCGUCAAAAUGGAGACCUUGGUAACGAGAGAACAAUGAGCACACCUUGUCCUGAUGAAAUAGAAUCAAAUCUUGAACGUCUUCUAUUUGUUUGGAGAGAAAAGCUGAAAACGGAAACCCUUCUUCAAAUUGAAAAUUUGCGCAAGCAUAUAAAAAAAGGAUGUCUCUCGGAAAUACCUGUUGGAUGUGAGACUGAAAUAAAUGAGCGACUUCACAGACAUCUUAACCGAUCAUUACUGUGCGGAGUAUCCAAAAUUGGACCUGAGUUGGCGGUAGCGGUAAUGGCGUGUGCUUUGUAUGCAUGGAAUUGCAAACGAAGAUUAAAAACAACCCUCAAUAAGAGAACAAUUCCGAUCACGCCAAUUGAAUUAGAGCCUUUAGAAUCUUUAAACCAAGCGACCCCUUAUCUUCAGUCUCACAUGACGGCUGUGGAUUCUACGUCAACGUCAUUACCGGGUUCAAUAUCUGGAACUGUCUCUGAAAAUAGCAGUAAGGCUAGUAGAAUGCCAGGGACAUCAUCCGUUUUCGUCACAGUUAAGACUGUGGAAGAACUGGAAAACGAUUCCGUCUUGAACUACAUUUUGGAACUAGUGCUGCACAUACAAGAAUUUAUCACCAGUUGGACAACAAAAUGUAACAACAAAACAAUAGAUCUGAUUGGUCUUCUCUGGAAGAUAAACUUACCGGCAGCUAACCUUUAUGAACAGGAGUCAAAGUUAAACGUUAUGGAAUUAAAUUUGACCCCACAGCACAAAGAUAACCUGUUAAGAAAUCUCACAGGAUUUAAUCUUCAGUUGGACCCAAUUAACAAAGACGGAAACUGCUUCUUCAGAGCAACAUCCCGGCAGCUACAAAAACACUUGCAACGUUCGGAUUUGCAAAAUCUACAGCAUAUUUCCUCACUGGGGCUUGGAAUGAACGAGGAACGUGACACGGAAAACCUCAGACUACUUUUCGUGCGUGAAGUCACUGAAAAUCUCGAUGAAUACAGGGAAUGGAUGUCCUGUUCGUCAAAUGUACGGGAAAUUGAACGUUUUAAAACUGAUGGCCAUUUCGCAAGUGACAUUGGCGACAUCUGUGCUAAGGCAUGUGCUAAUCUCCUCCUUGUCCCGAUGAUUGUAAUUACAGCUUUGCCUAAUGUCCCAUCCAUUCCAUUUUUACCAAAACAUUUCAUCACUGCUGUACCUAUGUAUCUGGCGUACGACCAUUCAGGUCCAGGGCAUUAUGACGCUACAAAAGGUAAAUAA